ACUCGAAAGAGCGCGCGCAACUCUUUCGACUCUAUAGGUACGGUGAGUCUCCAGCCACGUUGUUCCCGCCACAAGUUUAGGGCUUAAAAACCCACUCAUGGAAUAUUGCUUGCUCGGUACUGAACUGAGGUACCAUUCCGUUCGUAUUGUAAUGCGCAAUACACACUCCCAAAUAGGCACUACUGUUGCUGCUCUGCUGUGGUGGCCCGGUGAGGUGACUCACAGUGGACUCCGUUUCACAUUUCGUUGAUGAGCCAGAAUGUGAUUUCUGGUUUUGUUUUGACUGAAUCGUUCGCUAGUAAACAGCUAUCAGCAGGUGCGUUUGGACGCUUGUAGCCCAAGUUGAAAGAAAAGAACGAACGACUGGAACGGAAUUAGUGUCAUCGCGAUUCACUCAGUUUUGUUUCGGUUGAUUUAGAGGAACUUAACAUUAUUAACUAUGGAACCGAGUUGUGAACAAACCAAAGAGCCGGUGUCAAAUGGUGAACCGUUGAGCAGAUUUUUGAUAGUGGAGUUCACAGACGAUAACAUUGUCUACAACUCUACCUCCGUUCGUCAGAACCCCGACGCACAAGACUUCUAUCGACUCAAACAACAAUUUCAGACCAGCAAAACCCUCUUCGAAGAUCCGGACUUUCCCGCAUCCAAUCACACCGUCCUUGGGCAUAACUCUCAAGCGAACGUCCAAUGGGUACGACCCUCGGAAAUCACCCCCAAGCCAAAGUUCUACGCUCAAGCACAACCGGAAUACUCCGUCGAGAAGCGGUCCGUUCUGCAUGGCUUCCUAUCGACAGCGAUGACCUGCCUUUCGACCAACCAAGAGGCAUUCCUCAGAACCGUUCCCUCGGAUAACGCCAUCGAGGGGAAGCUGUACCGAGGUUUGUUUCACUUCCGGUUCUGGCAGUACGGCCGCUGGGUUGAUGUGGUGAUCGACGACCGGCUGCCAAUGAUGGACGGGAAGCUGCUGUUUAUCAGACCGACGUUGCAAAAUGAGUUCUGGUGUGCCUUGUUGGAGAAGGCGUACGCCAAACUGUGCGGAUCGUACAGUGCGAUUGCGUCGAGAGAUCUAUGCGAAGCUAUGCAGGACUUCACAGGGGGUAUCACCGAACGGUACUUUUUGGGGCAGUCGGUAGCGAAUGUGGAUGUGUGUUACGAAUUGAUCGGCUCGAAACUUGCGAAGGGAUCGCUUAUGGCGGCUGUGAAAAUGAACAAUAACCGAGGGUCACAUUCAUAUUCCAUCCUGAAAGCAGUUACCAUCGAGAGCAAGAUGAUCGGUUUGCAGACGCCGGUAGAAGAGCUCAUCGAAAUCAACUACUUGCAGAGCGGUGGAAUGUCCCUGCCCGCCGAUUGUUACAGAAAGUCUUGGUUGCGCAUCGACGAAUUUGUCAAAAACUACGAUUUCGUGGACAUAUGCAACAUGACUCCCAAUCAAAUGGGUCAACCUCUGAGUGAAGACUACAGCUGGCAGUUGUCAUGCAUAGAAGGAUCAUGGGUCAACGGAUCUACAGCUGGAGGUUCGAAAGACGAUUUGAAAUCCUUCUGGACGAAUCCACAGUUUGUAGUCCAGCUAGCCCAUCCAGAUAAAAUCGACACCUCUGGGUCGUGCCACCUAGUCAUCUCACUCAUGCAGAAACCUGGAGCAACUGGGUAUCUUCCAAUCAGCUUCUUGGUGUUCCAAUUGACGGACGAAGAUUUUCGCACAAAAUCGGUUCCGAUGGCUUUUUCCAAAAAGAAAAUGCCAAAAACCAUAUCGCACCCUUCAUUCUCCAGUGGCCGUGAAGUCACGGGUCGAGUGCGGGUUCCUCCCUGUACACUUCUCAUAGUUCCUUGCACGCAAAAACGAAAUAUAGAAGGUAAUUUCUUCCUCAGAAUCUUCUCGAAGCCAAGUCGAAAAGUUGUAGAAACCUCGCCAUCCAGUACCCCAUCUACAAUGGGAGCAAAUUGGCCUUCGAUAGCCCGAAUGUUCUAUAGCCUAGCGGACGCUAAAGGAACCAUAGAUCACAUUGAUUUAGCUUCCAUAUUGAACACUCACUUUUUUACUAACAAACCGAAGUCCAAAACAAAAAGUAUCCUCCGAAGGGUGUUAUCAAGAAAGAGCUCGCAUCUCGAAGAUUCAGCCAAAUCCCCCGAUGGUUCACACCAGGAAUUCGUCGAACACGUGGCCCAGUUUCUUGCCUCAAGCGGACAAAUGACCACCACCGCAAACCCGGAACGAUUGACCUACGAUGGGUUCAAACGAGCCAUCCGGGAUGUUCAGCAGUGGAAAGAGAUGUUCGAUUUCUACGAUCCGGACCGGAAGGGUUACCUGGAUCGGAAGAAGCUGAUCAAGACGCUCACAAAGUCAUCGGUGGCAACCGUGGAAGGUCAAGCUCAUUCCAGCUCUUCUAGUUUGCUGCAGUGGUUGGAAAUGGAACAGGAGGACAAGAUCCACUUGGAAGAGUUCAUCUACUAUUCGCAGCAGAAUCCGGUGAUAAUGCGACUGGAAAUGACGGCCCACAUGAAUGAACAGAUGUUUGAGAAGGUGGUGAACGUUAAGUAAGGCCAUAUCUAACACAAUCAACAAUGUUUGAAAUAAGAUUCUCGAAAGUAGAAAUAAAUUGUAAGAAUUAAAUAAAUAAACAAAUAUUUUAUACCCAAAACUAAAA